CGGGAGGUGAGGGUGUCAGGGGAGGAGGGAAAAGCAGGUCUCCACAUGAACCCUAAAAUCCCUUAUCCCGUAGGUUGAUCGAGACGUUUGGAUAUCUCUCUGGCUGUCCUGGCUGAGUAAAGAGAUCAUGGCUGGACUCGCCCUGGAGCAAGUGCAGGAAAGCGGAUUGAUUGCCUUCUGCCUUCCACCUCUAUCGGAGGUUGAUCCGCUGCACGCAGAGAAGCAGAGGUUAUUGGAUGUUAGACAACUGCAAUUCCAGUUUGUUCUGCCACUGCAUUCAUCCAUUGAUGAGAUAGAACUCUACUUUGCUGGAGAUGAUGAGAUUGGUCCAUUCAGCCCUAGGAAUGAGCUUAACUUUAUACUUGCACACCUGAGCUCUUUGAUUUCAAAUGUUAAGUACUCGUCCAUUGAAGUGCUUCAUCUUGUACACAAUACAAUAUUUGCUAUGAUUAAAACUGUGGGGGACAACAACAUUAACACAAUGACAGCUAAAAAGUUUGGAACUGAUUCUGAAGAGCUAUUGUUGAAGUGGGGGCAAGAUCAUGGUCUAAAAACAAUGUUGUCAAUAACUUAUUUUGAGGAAGCUGGAAGAGGAUCAGUUGCACUAGAAGAUAUGAGCAUUGGGGACAUUGCUUUAGAAAUCCCAGAACCACUCAUCAUAUCUGAGGACCUUGUUUAUAAUUCUGGCAUGUUUGCUUUACUCAAGAUAUAGUGGCAAUUUCAUAUUGCCUACAUGUUGACAUGUGCCUAAACUCAUAAAAGAUACAGGUCUCGAUUGCGAAGACUUGCAACUGCAUUCAUUCUUUGCUUCAACAGAAGCAGCGGGAAAUUGAAUUUAGAGAGGGCUCUAAUGAACAGAAACAAAGGAGGCUAAAAAUAACUCAAAUCUGAAAGCUCAAAUUGAGAAGUUGUGGCAGGAGUGAGAUGAAUUCCAAAAGAUGAUCAUUGGAAAUCAGCAAGUGCGUACACAACAGACACAUGAAAUGAAGAAGGAGGAAAAGGAAUACAUAAAGCUGCAAGGCUUAUGAUUUCCAUUGCUGGUAGAAGAGACUAAAGGAAGUGUUAGUUGAGGAAAAAAAGGAAUCUCAGUCAGGCAUGGAGAUAAUGAACCUAUUACAG